AUGUUGGCCGAAGAGUUCCAGCUCCCACCUUUAUUUCAUGCAACACAGAUCACACCCGGCAAAAUAUUACCAUUGCCACUAGCAAAAUGCAUCACCCUAACCAAAAUGUGGCACGGACAAUGCGAAGGCGCAGAGGAGAUGACCCGCGAAACAAAGUCCAAUAAGUCCAACGACACAGACCUCCUAGCAUCCUUACAAGCAGUGGUCAUAUACACAAUAAUCCUCCUAUCCCCCUCAUCCAGCCCGCAGCCCUCGUUAACAGACCACAAUAUCGUCUUUCGCAAAGUCGAAAUGCUAGUCUACCAAAUCGUGCACGCAGGCCUGUUCCUCGAAGAAGAGCGCACACAAACGAGACCGUCGUGGACAUCAUGGGUGCAUGUGACAUCGAAGCGGCGCGCAGUUCUUGCGCUAUAUCUUCUCCAUUGGGCAUACUCGGUGUUGCAUGAGGUGCCUUGUUUCGACUGUAGGGAUUUGGGCUUCAUGCCUGCCCCUGCUGCGAAGGUGCUUUGGCAGGCGCAGACGGAACAAGAGUGGAACACGCGGUAUAUUCAUUGGCUGUCGCGUUGGAGUGGUCAGUGCUAUUUGCAGGCUGAGUUUGGGAAGAUUCGUCCGGGUAUUGUUAUGGAUGCUAGGGCGGAGCGGUGGUUAGAAGAGGCUGAUGAGUUUGGAUUCAUUAUGAUCUCUAUUGUGAACGCUACGGACUUCGAUCCACCGUCGCUCAAAGCCUUGGCCCAUUGA